GCUGGACGCCCCAGGAUCCAGGAGAGGAGACUUCUGCAUUUGCCACAAUGCUGGCAUCUAGUGACUUUGCAUCUGCUUCCUGGGAGCUCGUGGUCCGCGUUGACCAUCCAAAUGACGAUGAGCAGAAAGAUGUCACACUGAGAGUGUCCGGAGACCUGCAUGUUGGGGGAGUGAUGCUCAAGUUAGUAGAACAGAUCAACAUAGCCCAAGACUGGUCAGACUUUGCUCUUUGGUGGGAACAGAAGCAUUGCUGGCUUCUGAAAACCCACUGGACCCUGGACAAAUGUGGAGUCCAGGCAGAUGCAAAGCUGCUCUUCACCCCGCAGCAUAAAAUGCUUCGCCUUCGCCUGCCGAAUGCGAAGAUGGUGAGAUUGCGAGUGAGCUUCUCGGCUGUGGUUUUUAAAGCUGUCAGUGAUAUCUGCAAAACCCUGAAUAUUAGAAGAUCAGAAGAGCUUUCCUUGUUAAAGCCUUCUAGUGAUUUUUUUAAGAAGAAGAAGAAAAAAGACAAAAAUAAUAAGGAACCCAUAAUUGAAGAUAUUCUAAACCUGGAAAGUUCUCCAACGAUUUCAGGUUCACCAGUAAGUCCUGGCUUAUACAGUAAAACCAUGACUCCUACCUAUGACCCCAUCAACGGAACACCAGCGUCAUCCACCAUGACUUGGUUCACUGACAGCCCUUUGACCGAACAGAACUGCAGCAUCCUCGCCUUCAGCCAACCCUGCCAGUCACCAGAAGCACUUGCUGAGAUGUUCCAGCCUCGUUCUCUGGUUGACAAAGCCAAGCUUAAUGCAGGUUGGCUGGACUCCUCGCGCUCCCUUAUGGAACAAGGCAUCCAGGAGGAUGAGCAGUUGCUGUUACGAUUUAAAUACUACACUUUCUUUGACUUGAAUCCUAAAUAUCACAUUAGCAAACUGUCAUCGUCCGCUGAGAUACAGGAUUUUACAAAUGAGUCUGAGGUUGAUGAAGUAGAAGCAGCACUUUCUAAUUUGGAAGUGACCCUAGAAGGUGGAAAAGCAGACGAUAUUUUGGAGGACAUUACGGAUAUCCCUAAACUUGCUGAUAAUCUCAAAUUAUUUAGGCCCAAGAAGUUAAUAUUAAAAGCUUUCAAACAAUAUUGGUUUGUCUUUAAAGAUACGUCUAUAGCCUACUUUAAAAAUAAGGAACUUGAACAAGGAGAACCAAUAGAAAAACUAAAUCUUAGAGGCUGUGAAGUUGUGCCAGAUGUAAACGUUGCAGGGAGAAAAUAUGGAAUCAAGUUACUGAUCCCUGUUGCUGAUGGUAUGAAUGAAGUGUAUUUGAGAUGUGAGCAUGAGAAUCAAUAUGCCCGAUGGAUGGCUGCCUGCAUCUUGGCAUCGAAGGGCAAAACCAUGGCAGACAGCUCCUACCAGCCAGAAGUCCUCAACAUCCUUUCUUUCCUGAGGAUGAAAAACCGGAACUCAGCAUCUCAGGUGGCUUCCAGUCUCGAAAGCAUGGACAUGAACCCAGAAUGUUUUGUGUCACCUCGAUGUGCAAAAAAACACAAGUCUAAACAGCUGGCAGCCCGGAUCCUGGAAGCCCACCAGAAUGUGGCACAGAUGCCCCUGGUUGAAGCCAAGCUGCGGUUCAUCCAGGCCUGGCAGUCCCUACCUGAAUUCGGCCUCACCUACUACCUCGUCAGAUUUAAAGGAAGCAAGAAAGAUGACAUUCUGGGAGUUUCCUAUAACAGAUUGAUUAGAAUCGAUGCAGCCACCGGGAUUCCUAUUACAACGUGGAGAUUUACAAAUAUGAAACAGUGGAAUGUAAAUUGGGAAAUCCGGCAGGUGGCGAUCGAGUUUGACCAAAAUGUCUCCAUUGCAUUCACCUGUCUGAGUGCAGAUUGCAAGGUCGUGCACGAGUACAUCGGCGGCUACAUUUUCUUGUCCACACGCUCCAAGGACCAGAAUGAAACGCUCGAUGAGGACCUGUUCCACAAACUGACCGGUGGUCAGGACUGAAGUGAAGCUGCCCAGUUCAGCCCACAAAGACACAGUGAGCCCAAGCGGCCCUCCCUGGACAGAGGAGACCUAUGGCUUGCCCAGUGGGGGGAUUCCAGACUCACUGACCACAGACAUUCACCACGGUCACCAGAUCCUCACCCCACUUCAAACACACUGCUAGCACAUCCCCUUCCUCACUUUGCCCUAUGCUGCCAGCUGUGGAAGGGGCCUCACUUCUAUGACAUGGGUGACAUGGGUGGCCAGGAGAGGGGGAGGAACUGUAAGGUUGCUCUAAGGUGCUCUGCGGCCCAGCAUGUAGCUGCCGUUCUGUGACUUGCAGAACCUGCCCAGUGUGUGGCUAGGCGUCCUUGUGCUUGUCUGCCUCAUUGCUAAGUCCAUGGAGAAGGCAGAAAGGUAAAAUCACAUGUAGCAAAUACAAAUCUUCUUCCACAAACUCAGGUAUGAAAAGAAAUGUGUAUUUCCUAAAAGGAACUAUUUUUAGCUCCCAUCUUAUCAAAAUGGCAGAGAAAGUCUGCACACAUGCUUUCCUCCAGAGGUCAAGAUCUGAGGAGAGGUGGGGGUUAUGUGGUACCAAUUGGCGACAAGGGGUCAGAGCAGUGGGCCUCAGUGUCAUCCAUCCACAGUGACACCUGCCGAGGUGACCAUUGACCCAUCUGGUCCUCUCAGGUUACUGCUGCCCCAUUCCAUUCCUGGGGAUCCCCCAUUUCCCUUUAACCCCUUCCUGAAGACAUGAGCAACACAAGGGUGUAGGGAAGCCCAUUCCUCAACCCAGAUCCGUGUUUCAGCUGCUUCUGCUCUGGGUUGGCGCUCAGGAACAUGAGCAUGUUUCUCUCUGUUAGAAAAGCCACCUCCCAGCAUGAAGGAGUCCAGUCGGGUCUCCAUCCCACCUGGCCAGAGAAAGAAGGGCAGACCUGUCCUCAAAGACCACCAUGUUCAAGGUCUGAUGGCUCCCACCAGCUGCCACCUCAAGGGCCUUUGGCUGGUCUGGGUGGUAGCAUUCUACUGGAUCUGACGCCUGUGUUUAUGUGACUCCUGGCCUUUUCCCUAAAGCCCUUUGGCUUUUAUUAAUCACAAGCCCGUAAUAGACUUUUUUUUUCUCUGCUUUUUGCUGUGUCAUCCCUGCCUUGAGACAUAAUCAUGAGCCACUUAACAGCUGCCUGAAUCGUCAUUUUCUGUUUUGGUUUGUUAGCGGUGGGAGGGGCGGGUUUUGAGUAGGUGAAAAGCAAUCCCAGAGAUAAAAGGAAAUGUCAGAUAAUAUUCUAUUACGCUUUUAUAAACACUCUCCUACUACAUGAAGAACUUGGGUGGCAAGAAUAAGGCAAAGGCUCCGAUUCCAUCAUUUUGCAGUUUUCUCAGGAUGUACCCAUCAGGGGGCCUGGCUGGAGCCCAGAUCCCCACAAACAUCAGCUGUUGCUUUAUUUUCCAACAAAGCCAUCUGAGUAGUGAGAUCUCAGCAAUUCCAGGAGCCACAUAGAGACAGCCUUGGCUAGGGACGCCACCACCCUAGUACCCCCCAUACACACACACACCUGCCCUGAGCCAGAAGCUGUCACCUGGAAAUUCCUCUUUUAGCCUCUCCUUAGGGGUGAAUGUUAAUGAAGGCUCCCAGGCAGCAGCUGAAUUUCCGAGGCCUCACUUCUUAAAACAUAGAGGUGGCUUAUGCUCUUGGGAAGUAUGCUCAUUCCAAGAUACAAUGGUGGGACAAUUUAAGGAACUUAAUUUGAAAUGUUUUACAUAGAAACUAGUGCUAAGCCUACCGUGUUAAACUUGGUGUUGGUAAUUUCUCUAUUGUCCAGGGCUCUGUUAUUUUAGAACCUAGUAGGGUCGCUAACAGUGUAACAGGCCCUACAUUCAAAUAUUGCUCCAUGAUGGCAAAUU